AUGUGUUUGCCACAACCAUCUGAGUUUCAACAUCUCCCAUCAUUUGGGGGAAGGUUGAAUGCUGUUGUAUGUGGUUACCUUAUCUUGUCUCUACCUCUGGCCUUUGUACACAUCGUCAAGAGCAAGACUCAGAACAGUAGAGUUCUUCUUAUCAUCCUUGAUGUGGCAAUGUUGGGUCUUAUAACUGCUGGAGCAUCCUCAGCAGCAGCUAUUGUCUACUUAGCACAGAAAGGGAACAACAACACAAACUGGUUUUCUAUUUGUCAACAGUUCAACUCCUUCUGUGAGCGUAUCUCAGGGUCUUUGAUUGGAUCUUUCGUUGCCGUUGUCCUCCUCAUUCUUCUCAUUCUCCUCUCAGCUAUUGCUCUUUCCCGACACCAUUAAAGAUCUGGUCUUAACCUU